ACAAGCACAAAGUGCACCAAUGGAGAGGCGCCUGACAACACUACGGCACCGUGCAUCAUUUUAGGAUUAAUAUAUGUAUUUACCUUGGUGUCAGGUACGUACAGCUAUUAAUGAAUUGAAACUUAAACGUCUUUAAUAUAAGUGGCGCAUGUGUAAUUUCUAACCUGCUCCAUUUGUCUCGAUGAGCUCUGACUCACUCAGACAGCUGGAUGCGGUUACAUAUGAGGCGACUAUGAAUAAGAAAGCUUCAGAUAUAAGCUUUAAAUUUAAAGAGCUGGAUCGUCUUUGACUCAUGAUUUCCUCGGAGGCUUUGCAUAUACAGGCUUAAAAGAAAGAGGUAAAUCAUUGCUACUUUAACAUGUUCUUGUUUUUCAUGUCACCGUUUAAUUGCACAAAUCUACGUUGAAGGGUUUAUGUAAUAUUUUCACUGUUUGAGUACAGAUCUGUGUGUGAUUUUCUCUGCCGGUAACAAGGUGACAGCAUCAGUACCCAUGGAGACUGCCAGGGCUCUGCUCUCCAAUGCAGUGUUUCCGUUGCAUAGAGACUGAGAAAGACAGAUUAUCAACGUUGAUGCUCUGCAGGACAUCGCUAUUUUCAACCAAAAAUCUUUCCAUCCGUGUCAGAUCGCUUUACUUGUUGAAUAGUUGCGUUUUUCUUUUUUUCUUACGCCCCCCUUUUUUUCUCCACUGCAACAGGAUUGCACAACUCUCCGGGAUGGGUGACUGGCAUCUGAGGAGGCACGAAUCUUCUAUUGACAAACUCUAAGAUUUGAAUGUGUGAUUGGAUGAAUGCAUGAAGGAUUGAAGAGCUGGACACCCUCUGGCUGUAUGAUGUAUUUUACCUCCCGAUUAUAGCUCAUUUUUUAGGCGCCAACAGGAAAGCAACCAUCACCCUUCAGUGCAUCAUCUGGAUGGAAAUAUGGACACCUUCAGAGGACGCAUUUUGACUCAACAUGCCCAGGAACUAUGAGCCCCACUUCCCGCUGACCAUGAAAAUAGCAACCGUGUACAUACCAAAAAAUCCUGAGCUUCCCUGAAAAGGCAGUUUUGAGUAAAUCAGCCUGGUCAGUCAGUAGGGAUGUUGGCCGCCGUGGAACAUGGUCCCAUCCUGUGCAGCGACUCCAACAUCCUGUGCCUCUCAUGGAAGGGCCGGGUUCCCAAGAGCGAGAAGGAUAAGCCGGUGUGCCGGAGACGCUACUACGAGGAGGGCUGGCUCGCCACAGGGAACGGGAGAGGAGUUGUUGGGGUGACGUUCACGUCGAGUCACUGCAGGAGGGAUAGAAGUACACCGCAGAGAAUCAAUUUUAACUUGCGAGGCCACAACAGCGAGGUUGUUUUGGUCCGCUGGAAUGAGCCCUUUCAGAAGCUGGCGACUUGUGAUAUGGAAGGAGGCAUUUUUGUAUGGAUCCAGUAUGAAGGAAGAUGGUCUGUGGAGUUAGUGAAUGACAGAGGAGCCCAGGUGAGUGAUUUCACUUGGUCACAUGACGGCACCCAAGCACUCAUCGCAUACAGGGAUGGUUUUGUGUUAGUUGGCUCGGUCAGUGGGCAAAGACACUGGUCCUCAGAGAUCAACUUGGAGAGUCAAAUCACCUGUGGCAUCUGGACACCUGACGAUCAGCAGGUCUUGUUUGGAACAGCAGAUGGGCAGGUAAUAGUGAUGGACUGCCACGGACGGAUGCUUGCUCACGUGCUGCUUCAUGAGUCUGACGGCAUCGUCAGCAUGUCGUGGAACUGCCCCGACUUCCUUGUUGAGGACAGCACAGAGAGCGACACAGACUCUGAUGACAAUAUUCUGCCUUUAGUUCGACGAGUCAAGCCUUUGUUGACAGUCACCUUCUUAUCAGGAGAUAUCAGUUUGAUGAACAACUAUGAUGAUCUCUCUCCAGCUAUAAUUCGUUCAGGGCUAAAAGAUGUAGAAGCCCAGUGGUGCUCUCAGGGAGACCUCUUGGCUGUGGCUGGCAUGGAGAAACAUGGGCUCCCAGUUGACACAGCCUGUGCAUCCAUCAUGAGGAAUGCUCUUGUUAAGUUCUAUAAUGUUCAAGGAGAGCACAUAUACACUCUGGAAACACCUGCACAGAGGCCCAUCACCACCAUCUGCUGGGGUCACAGAGACUCCCGCUUGUUCCUUGCAUGUGGGUCAGCACUCUAUGUGGUGCGUGUGGAGCACAGAGUGGCCAGCCUCCAGCUCUUGUGCCAGCAGGGCAUUGCCAGCGCCCUGCGUGAAGAGAAAGAUGUUGGGAAACUGAACAUGCCCUCAUUGCUCUGCUCUUAUGUUACCUCUGCUUUUAUACCAACUAUCAAGCCUCCGAUUCCUGACCCUAAUAACAUCCGUGACUUUGUCAGCUACCCCACGUCCGGGAAUGAGCGGCUGCACUGCACCAUGAAGCGAGCAGAGGAUAGUCCAGAGGCAGGGGGCCCCUGCUACACGCUGUACCUCGAAUAUUUAGGAGGGCUGGUGCCAAUUCUCAAAGGAAGGCGAAUCAGUAAGCUAAGGCCUGAGUUUGUCAUUAUGGAUCCAAAAACUGACAGCAAGCCCGAGGAAGUGUGUGUAAAUCCCAUGAUCUCCUACACAGACAGCUGUAACUGCUCUGACUCCAGUGACAUUGACUUGAGUGAUGAGUGGGUGGGGAAGAAGUCACCAAAGUUAUCCCGUGCAAACAGGUUAAAUAUGGAUUCAAGAAAAUCCCCCAAACUUUCACGCGCCAACCAGGAAAGCCAACGGUCACCACGGCUACCGUCCAGAAAGCCUCUGGUCCGGUCACCCAGCCUGACCCGCCGUGAGUUUACAAUGGAUGGAAUCACAGAGCACAAUUACCUUGCACAGGUCACAUCUAACAUUUGGGGAACAAAGUUCAAAAUUGUUGGACUUGCCUCUUUCCUCCCAGCCAAUCUUGGGGCAGUGAUUUAUAAGACCAGCUUACUUCAUCUGCAACCGAGGCAGAUGACAAUCUACCUUCCAGAAGUACGAAAGAUUUCUCAUGACUUCAUGAGCCUGCCUGUAUUUAACCCCAAUGUGUUCAGUGAGGACGAGGAUGAUCUACCUGUGAUGGGGCCAUCUGGAGUAGCAGAAGACAAUCCACCCUGUACAGUCAAUAUUCCCAUUGCGCCAAUCCAUAGUCCGGCUCAAGCCAUGUCUCCAACUCAAAGUAUUGGUCUGGUUCAGUCUCUCCUGGCCAACCAGAAUAUUCAGCUUGAUGUAUUAACCAAUCCGACAGCCACAGCUGCAGCAGCAGCUGUAGUGGCAGCAGCCUCAGUCCCUGUCACUGAUCAUGGCCAAGAUGCUGUUGCAUCCCCUUACCCUGUGCCAACUAGAUACUCAAAUCCCAGUCAGGGGAUUUUUAGUGGGUUAGAGAUGGGUCCUCUUCUCCCUGGCACGCUGCCUCCCCCACCACCACCUCAACAUCUACCCCCACAUCCUCACUCACAGAGGUCUCACUCGCAGCAGCCUCGCCAGCCGCCAUCCAAACCGUCCCAUACAAUGCAAACACAACAACAACAGCAGCAGCAGCAGAAAAUGCAUCAUCACCAACUGCAACAGCAGCACCACCAUCAGUCCCAGUCACAGCAGCAGCAACAUCAACAACUGCAACAGCUGCACCACCCACAGACUCUACAUCAUCAUCAACAACAUCAUCAACACCAGGCUGAACAACACCAACAAAUGCAACAGACCCAACAGCAGGCGGCAAAUCAACAUCUUCAACAACAGCAGCAAAUCCAACAGCAGCAGCAGCAGAUGCAGCUACAGCACGAGCAGAUGCAACAACAGCAGCACCAGAUGCAACAGCAGCAGCAGCAAAUCCGGCAACAGAUUCAGGAGAUGAGGCAGCAGCAGCAGCAGCUGCAGCAGCAGCAUCAGCAGAUCCAGCAGCAACAUCAGCAAAUGCAGAGGCAGCACCAACAAAUGCAGCAGCAGCUGAAGAUGCAGAUGUCGCUGCCACCAGCUCCUACUGGCUAUCCUACCAUAUCCCUGCAACAGAUCCAUCUUCUUCCUUCAAUUCCUCCUCCCACAGCUUUGCCUGUGCUGGACCGGGGGGACCACACACACACAAUGAAGCCAAGUCUUCCACGGACUUUACCUCCCUCCUUUAAUGACACAGGUGGAUCUGUAGAGAUCCAGAUGAGGAAGGUAAAUCCCCCUCCUCCAUACCCAGGGACAGUAGUGUCUGCCGCUGCUACUCCUCAGACGUUUAUUGCAAACUGUGACAGUCCAAGUGUCCUGGCUCCUGACCCCUGCCUUAAGAAAGAUGCAUUUUUACUUCAGCCUGUCACUUUACAAUACCCAACACCUGUGGGGUAUGAAAGGAUCACAACCUUUGACAGCAGUGGCAAUGUAGAGGAGGUGUGUCGUCCACGCAGACGCCUCAUUCGCAAUCAGAAUGCGUACUCUGUUCACGGCAUUGGGGGUUCAGCAACUCUCAAAGUGACUUCCACAGAAAAUAAAAAAAUUCAGCUUCCGUACAGCUCAGCGACAUUAAGUCGUCUAUCUGUCCCUCGAUAUUCUAUACCAAGUGGAGACCCCCCUCCUUACCCUGAUCCAGCCAAUCAGGUAACUGCUACCCUCCCUCCUCCUCAGAGAAUCGACAGCAGUCUGAUUCAUGCCACUUUACGUCGGGAACGCAGAGAUAUGGGACUCAAAGUGCCACAGAUGAUGGACAGCUCAAGAACCCUGCCCACCAAGGCUAAAAUGAACAGCGCCUUAUCGCUUUCCUACCAGCAGAGGGUCCCCACUGCAUUGUACACAUGCACACAGUGCAGCAGUAACAGCAGUAGUACCAGUGUCAGUGUGAGUGGAGGGGGAACUACAAGUAGCGGCAUUGCAGGUGGUACAGUUGUAAGGCAGGAUUUCCCACCGGGCAAAGGGGCUCAUCACAGCACCAUUAUAGUGCACUCCAAAAGUGCCUCACCGCUGGCGUCUCAGUCAUCUUACAGUCUGCUGGGAGCUGUAGAUAACAGCCGGGACAGAACGGUGUACGUAAACUCUGCCUUUACAGAGGACGAGACUUUAAGUCAGCAGUGUCAUCUUGAGAAAUCUGUUCGUCAGUUGAAUCUGGGUGAUGGCAGUUUGAGAGUCAAACGCCCUCCGCCUUACCAGUGGGACACCUCCACUGCAGAGGACUUCUGGCUUACUCCAGAGCAGACGAUGUUAGCCCCCCCACCCGGAAAUCCUAAACCACCCCCUCUCAUUAUCAGUCAGGCACAGCACUUAGAUGUGACACGGCUUCCUUUCGUCCUUACAACGAAACCUCCAACCAGUCUGAACACAAGCACUCUUACUUUCCCAUCAGGGUACCAGAUAUCCCUCGCGCCUUUUCCCUCAGGUGUGGGUCAUAGUGGACCUCCACUUCAGACCCUACAGAACUCUCCGCCACAGUGUUCCCCAAAUGAGGUAGUCACUUCGGUAUCCUUUGCUCAACAGGAUCCUAGUUUGGUCUUACCACCAGGCUACCCUCCAAACUUGGCUAACUUGGCUUGCUGCCCUCUCCCUCCACUGUAUCCUGGAACUAGCUCAUGUCCUGGAAUUCAGCUUCACCCUGUAAGUCUACAUCCUUGGAACCCUUACCCCUGUCCACCUCCAAUGCAGGAUCCUCCAGCUCCUCCCCUGCCAACUAAAACUCAUCAGAUUUUAGAAAAGCCACUACUCUCCCCACCUCCGCCCACUGCUCCACCUCCACCACCUCCACUACCACCUCCUCCCCCGCCCACUGAGUUGCUCCCAUCCAAACGUGGCACAGGAGAACAAGCCGAAUCUGCCAACAAUUUUCCAGAGCCGUCAUCCCUAAAUGAAAGCCCUGUCCCUCAGGAGUCGGAACGCUUCAGCAAGAAGAGCUGUAAAAGAGUUGAUAGCAGGGCAGAGGAGGGCAACAUGCCCACAGUCUCUGAGGGCAGAUCAAGGAAAGAUGGGCGGGCGCUUUCUGACUUCAACACUCUCAUAUCCAGCCCAAGGCUCGGCAGCAGAGAGAAGAAGAAGCCCAAGGGGCAAAAAGAGCAACUCAAUAAAACAAAAAAAAUGAGCAGAACAACAAAUGAGUUCCAGGACAGCUCUGAAAGUGAACCAGAGCUGUUUAUUAGUGGCGAUGAGCUCAUGAACCAGAACCAGAGUAGUAAAAAGAGCUGGAAGAACAAGAGGAGCAUGCGUUUGGCAAGUGAGCUGGAAGAAAUAAAGUGCCGCAAGGCAAACGAAAGAGAGGACCGUAGUUUAGGCAGCCAAGGGUUUGUCUACAUCAUGGCCAAUAAGCAGCCACUUUGGAAUGAAGCUACGCAGGUCUAUCAGCUUGACUUUGGCGGUCGAGUCACUCAAGAGUCAGCAAAAAAUUUUCAGAUAGAGCUGGAUGGUCGGCAGGUGAUGCAGUUCGGGCGAAUAGAUGGGAACGCUUACAUCCUGGAUUUUCAGUACCCUUUCUCAGCCGUGCAGGCGUUUGCUGUCGCCUUGGCCAAUGUGACUCAAAGGCUCAAAUGAAGAGUUGUUUUGUUGGUGUUGCUGUACUGUACUGGUCUUAGAUUCUGAUGUUCGGGAUUGUGAACCAUUUAUUCUUUUUUUUUCUGAUUUUGUAUUUGUCUGUGCACAUAUCAGUAAUUUAGUCAAUGUAGUGAAGGCAAAGUCAGUUAGUUUGGAUCUGAUGGAACCUAUCAGGUAAUCCAGAACUUUGACUUAAUGCUGCAGUUCAAUAACAUAAAUAAAUAAAUGACUACAUACAUAAAUAAAGUCUUUACACAGGUGAUCUUCAUUAUGCAUUAAAAAAUGCAAAUUUCCGAAGGUAGAAUGACGCCCAAAAUUGAGAAUACGUAACCUCUAAGCCAUACCAUAGGAUAUCUGAGACAAAUAUUGCACUUUUUAAAUUUGAUAAACAAAAACAUUGAACAACAGCUGGUUUUAUUAUUUGUUGUUUUAAGGACUUCAUGGACUUUGCUGAUUCAGACCUCAUCACAAGUAAGGAUUAGAUGAGAUUUGUUUCAUUUGCUCUGCUAUGUGCUUUCAAUGAGUUAGUCAUUGCAUCUGAAAGAUCUGAGCAAAUUAUGGCAUUGUUUUUAUGUUACUUCUAUGAAGUUAUGCAAUGAGCGUUAAAAAUCAUCUUCUGGCAAAAAUACUACAAAUUAAUUAAAAGAGGCAGUAAUAUUUUAUUGGGUUUUUAUUUUACAUUUGUAGAUUGAAUCAUAAUUGUGUAAUGCUAUAGCCCAAACACAGUUUAUGUUUACACAAAUCAUCUCUUUGCUGGUUAAUUAAGUCUGAGUGCCAUGUGUAAGCUGAUUGGUUAAAAAAAUACUUUUAUACAGUAAGGUCUUACUUUUUUGUUUUUUUUUUUGUUUUUUGCUGGUUGUUGCUGGAUGAUGCUACUUGAAUCCUGCAAUUGAAUUCUGCAUUUGAAUGUGAAGUGCUGUAGUUUCACCAUUUGGAAAUCAGUGCUGCUUUGAAUAGAUAGAGCUUGUGUGCAAUAAUCCUACCUUCACAGAACUGAUGUUGUACUUGCAAAAGAAAAUAUAAAGCCGCUUGCUGCCCUGUGGAUUUAGCAAGUGACCUAUACUUAGAUGAAAAGUGGAAAUACGUUGCUAACAUUAAUCCUUUUUGGUUCUUUACUGUUGUUUUGAAAUACCAAAUGUUUUGUGGUGUUACACUUGUGGACAAAAAAAAAAUGAAAAGAAUUUUGCAAAAGUAUGAAAUCUAUUUACAAGUUGGUUCGAUGAGGAUUGAGAUUCAUGUAAAUGUGGUGCUACUGUACAAAGAAGACAAAUGUCUGAAUGUUGUUGGUUCAAAAUGAUUUUAAUGGGAAAGCUUUGGAGAGCAACAAGAAGUGCAAUGAUUUCAUUUAAGAGUGCUUUUCCAUCUGUGCAACUUUAAAGACAGUGUGCACCAGUCAUCAGCAAUACUGCCUAAUGAAUAGUUUGCAGCCAGAUCUUAUUUCUCUUAUUCUGUGAUGAAAAGGACAAAAAUAGGUUUGUAAAGACCUAUGGGCUAGCCAAGAUGUAAUAAAAUAUAUUUAUCUGCA